GCGUAGUUAAAACUAGCCAUGUCAAAGCACAGUAACGAAACUGUCCAUCUAAAAACCUAAAAAACUACCUCAUGAAGCCGUGACCGACCUGGUGACCUACGGAUAAACGGGUCGUCGCUGCGGGGUCUUUAAAGAAGAAGAAAUAGAAACAUGUUUGGUAAAAAGAAGAAAGCACCGACGGCGCCCAAAGGCCAGGGCGCCGCUGCAGCCAAGCAGAUGGGCUUGUUUGUUGACAUGAUGGACCCCGAGGAAAUGAUGAUGGGCGCGGGGGAGAACGACCCGGACCUGGAGGCUGAACUUGCUGCUAUAACCGGAAGUAAAGCUGUUGAAGGAGGAAGAGGCAAGCAGAAAGAGAAAAACCCGCUGCCCAUGGAAGACAUCGCAAAGAUGGCUGACGAGUGCAUGAGAGAUGUGGACGAGGACGACGAUGAAGACGAUGUUGAAGGCGACGAAGACCUCUUGGCAGAGCUGCAGGAAGUGGUGGGUGAGGAGGAAGCUGAGGAUGAGGCGUCUGCUUCCUCCACGUUGUCUGCUCCUCAGGCUGAAACGCUCGAGUCCCCGGGGCCGCAGCAGCAGGAAGUGAAGCGCUCGGCAGCGGCACCCGGCAGCCUCCAGCACACGCUGCAGGAGCGAGUCGCCAUGUACCGAACGGCGCUGAAGAACGCCACGACCGCAGGGGACACGUCCAAAUCCAGGAGAUACGAUCGAGGCCUGAAGACUCUGGAGUCGAUGUUAGCUGCUCUGAAGAAGGGGAAGCCCGUCAACGAGUCUGAGAUCCCUCCACCUGUUGCUACUGGAGCCCCUGAAGCCGCCUCCCGACCCCCUCCCUCAGAGUCCGCUCGGCAGGAGGAGUCGGAGGCCACGACGCCUCCGUCUGCUGCGCCCGACGCCGUCGCAUCGAGCAGCAAAGAGGAGCAGUCCUCCUCCGCUCCACCUGCUCUGAGCAGCCUCCCAUCUCCUGAGGAGCAACCUGAAGGAGCCGCUGAGUCCUGGAACUGCAGCCGGCCCGAUGCGAAGGAGGCGACGAAGACGAUGCUGUUGGAGAGGCAGAAAGAAUACAAGAUGGCUGCUCUGAGAGCCAAGAAGCUGGGAGAGCUGGAGCAAGCCAAGGUUUUCUUUGUGACCAGUAAGAGGUUCGACGCAGCGAUGGAAGCGCUGGAGAACGGAGAACCCGUGGACCUCGGAGGUCUUCCUCCACCUCCAGGGAAAGGCGCAGCAGGAAGUGGCCCCCCCUCCGGGUCAAACACACAGCCCCCGCCUGCUGCAGCUCCCGUUCCUGCCGCCUCGUCGGCUCCUUCAGCUCCCAGAGACGUCCUGGAGGCUCUGGAGCAGAGACGAGCGAAGUACGAGGAGGCGUCCAGUCAGGCCAAAGCCAGCGGGGACGACCGCAAGGCCCGGAUGCACGAUCGCAUCGCUAAGCAAUAUCAGAGCGCCAUCCGAGCCCACAAAGCAGGAAGAGCGGUGAACUUUGACGAGCUGCCGGUCCCCCCCGGCUUCCCUCCGAUCCCCGGGCAGAAGGUGCCGGCAGCAGAGCAGGGGUUAGUCGCCGCCCUCGAAGCAGCCAGCAAGCUGGCCUCCACCGACGCUGCAGCAGGAGAUGAGGAGGAGGAGGAGACGGAGGAAGAGUCGAAGCUCGUUGUUCCAAAUAAGCCAAAGAAGCCCAUGUUGGACAUCCGAACGGACGAUCUGCAACAAAAAGGAUCUUCGUCACCGGAGAAACCGACUCCGGAGGAGAAACUUUCCCCGACAGCCGUUCAGCAGCUGGAGCUCCUGGAGAGCCGAAAGAAGCAGUACUUGAAGUCGGCUCUGCAGGCGAAACAGAAGAACGACCUGGACCAGGCCAGGGUUCUGCUCCGCACGGCCAAGAGCCUGGAGCCCAUGAUCGAAGCGGCACGCAGCGGCCAAACCGUGGACAUCAGCGCGCUGCCGUCGCCGCCCGGCGACGAGGACGACGGCUUCAUCCUGGUUCAUCACAGCGACGUGCACAUUUCCAGCAAAGACGAGGCCGUUUACACGCAGCUGGCCAGCAUCCUGAAGGCGCAGCAUGAGAAAUGUUCGACUCACUCCCAGCAGUUCAUGCACCUCGGGAACGUCAGCGAAACCACAAAGUUUGAGAAGAUGGCAGAAAGCUGUAAGAAGAGCCUGGAGGUGCUGAAGCUGGCCCAGUCCCGGGGCCUGCCUCCUCCCAAACAUCACUUUGAGGAGAAAUCGUUUCGGACUGUAAGCAUAUUUCCAGAGCUGAGCAGCACCGACCUGCUCGUCAUUGUCGUAAAGGGCAUGAACCUUCCUGCUCCCAACGGGAUUCAGCCCAACAAUUUGGACGCUUACGUCAAGUUUGACUUCCCGUACCCCAGCGCAGAGCAGCCGCAGAAACACAGAACCAACGUGGUGAAAAACACUAACUCACCAGAGUACAACCAAAGCUUCACGCUGACGAUCAACCGGAACCACCGAGGCUUUCGGAGAGUCGUGGCGUCUAAAGGCCUGAAACUGGAGCUGCUGCACAAAGGGGGUUUCCUGCGGAGCGACAAGCCGAUCGGGACGGCCCUCGUGAAGCUGGACAGGCUGGAGUCGCAGAGCGAGAUCAGGGAGAUCGUCGAGGUGAUGGACGGCCGGCGGCACACAGGAGGUCGUGUGGAGGUGAAGGUUCGCCUGCGGGAGCCUCUGAGCGGUCAGGACGUGCAGGCGAGCACCGAGCGCUGGCUGGUCCUCGACUCGUCGCAGCCUCGUUUAGACGUUUCUUCAAAAUAAAAGCAUCAACCAGAACCUCUUCAGAGGAGGAUCCACUUCGGGCCGAACCUUUUGCACAUGUGCGCCGCACCACAGCUCCUUUCUGCACGGCGGUCCUCCACGAGGAGACGUUUUACUCUGCGACAGAUCGACUGCGAGGGAUCCAGCGAGGCCGACUGUUUAAAUCAGGAGAGAAGAGUCGUUGGAGGACAGCCGUGUCCAACGACGGUCCUGCUGACAGAACUUUAAUGUACAAUAGAACAGAACGUUUGCUUGUUCUUCUUCAUCUCUACAGCUCGGGGAUGCAGAACUGAACCUAUGCACUAAUACCAAAGUAAUCAAAGUUGCUGUAAAGUUGAAAUCGCCUUUAGUUGCCGAACGCGUUUCGACAGAUUUAUGUUUGUUAAGACGCGCCUUCGGUUGUUGGGAGUUCGAAGCGACGUAGCGGGAGGAAGUUUUACAGGAGAAAGCCAAGAAAUGUUCCACAAAAGGCUCCUCUGUUUGUUUUGGCACUUUUCAUUUAGACUCAGAAAUCAUUGAAAUGUGCAGAAAACACAAACGUC